UAGUGCACUAUAUAGGUAUUAUGGUGCUAUUUUGGAACACAGCCCUUGUCUAGUGGUGGGAGGACAGCAGGGAUGGUAGGUACCUAUCAGAUACUCAGGUAGUCACCCACUAUGCACUUAUGCACAUGUAACAGGCUGGUUUGGAACCACACUCAAGUGAAGAGUAACCUUGCCUGAGACCUGAAGACUUGCAUUGGCUUCCAGAGCCAAUGCCUUGGCUUUAUCUCUGCGGGCUAAUAUAGUCUUGUGGGUAGUAGUCUUGCACAGUAUGUGAGUCGUUCCCAUCCUCUGGUAGAAUCAAGCUGAUAGAGUCAGGGAUGUAGAAAAGGUGUCUUUAACAGAGGGAUGAAAGUGAGAGACAAGUGUCAGUAUUAGCAUCACAAUGCCCAACCCUGCCUUUCCCCCCGACCACCUCCCUUUUGUUACCCAUCCACCCUUUUGUGUAUGAUGACAGGGGACUGUCUUAGUUUACCUUGAUUGGUGCCUUUCAUUAGAGCGAUACACACCUCCGCAUCUCCUCGUCCCUUCAUCAUGACGAGAGAUGAGAGAUAAGAAAGGAACCAGGCUCCUGUUGUCCUGUGAUGUGCAGUAUGGUGAAAUGAGGACGGACAGCCAACCGUCUCAAUCACAGAACAAGACCAAGCCAUGGAUAAUACCAGUUUGGGAUGGCCUGAGGAUCUGGAUGGUGAUGCCAACCUUUCUUCUCUCCAUGGCGACCUGGAGGACUUCUGCGCUACGUCGUCGAGGCACCAGGCAUCUCGGGUGAUCCUGUACGCCUUCUUUACGGCGGGCAUCUUGUGCACAGUGGUGGGCAACUUCCUGGUGGUCUUGGCCAUCGCUUACUACAAGCAGCUGCAGUCGCCCACCAACUCGUUCGUCAUGUCCUUGGCGGUGGCCGACUGCCUGGUGGGGUUGGUGGUCAUGCCCUACAGCAUGGUGCGCACCGUGGAGGGCUGCUGGCUCUUCGGCGCCCUCUUCUGCCGGGUCCACUCCAGCCUGGACGUCAUGCUGUGCACCGCAUCCAUAUUCCACCUCAGCUGCAUUGCCUUCGACCGCUACUAUGCCGUGUGUAACCCCUUAGUCUACCACCUGAAAAUGUCCCAGGGCCGGGUAGCCUUCCUGAUCGUGGUCUGUUGGGCCGUCCCGUUACUCAUCUCCUUCGGCCCCAUCAUGCUGGGCCUCCACAAGGCCGGGGUGAACAUGGUGCCCAUGCCGCCCGAGGACGCCUGCGUCUUCCUGGUCAACCGCGUCUACGCCGUCAUGGCCUCCCUGGUGGCCUUCUACCUGCCCAUGGGCGUCAUGCUGGCAGCCUACUGGAAGAUCUACAAGGCGGCCAAGCGGCAGGCCAUGCAGAUCAGUGCCAUGGAGAGCCAGUUUUCGGCCGGAGUGGGCAAGGACUCCAGCAAGAAGCAGAGGCACCGCAACGCCAUGAGGAGGGAGAGGAAGGCAGCUAAGACCCUGGGGAUCAUCAUGGGGGUCUUUCUACUCUUCUGGCUUCCCUUCUUCACCGUCAACAUCGUGGAUCCCUUCAUCGACUACAGCACAGCGGUGGAGGUGUGGGAGUUUUUCCUGUGGCUGGGGUAUGUUAACUCGUCGCUUAACCCGUUCUUGUAUGGGUUCUUCAAUAGAUCCUUCCGUAGGGCGUUUAUGAUGAUUAUGGGAUGUCGGAUAUGUCUGUCGAGCUCCUCGCCGGGUAUGGACUUAUCAAAAGAGAGCAACGAACGCAAGGUCAACCAAUAGGAGACUAGAAUUGCAACACACACACACCUGGACGUGGCAUCGACCUAUCACACGCCAAGAAAGAGGGCAACGGGACACACAGACAACCAAUAGGAGACUGGAGACUUUUAAAAUACUUCAAUACCGGCUAAUUGUGUACAGGUAGAGGACAAUUUAAGGGAUUAAGUUGUUAUUGUUAUAUUAGAGAGAAUUAAGCCACUGACUGAUGAAGGAAUUGACAUUUAAAACAAUCUGUGCAUUUCUGAGGGACAAAACUGAAAUAAACACAAGAUUGAACUGCAAAACACUCAAAUGACAGGGUGCCAAUUACCAUUGUAUUUUGGUAGCAGUUAUACAUAAAAAAAGAGAGAAAGAAAAUACAUUUAAGAAAGAAAGAAGUGAAUACUCUUCAGCAAAUGUUGUUCUAGUUUGUAAAUAAAUACAAUGUCUGGUUCUUCUUUAGCCUUUCUGAAAACCUUAACAAUCCAAAAUAAAUUGUCAUGUCUGCUUGUCUGAAUUGGUCACUCGAUUAAGUGUUUGGGUUUUCUAUGAUGAUUGACGUCAUUAUUAAUAUAUGGUGUAUAAUGAUGUACACAACCAAGG